ACUGAGGCCAGAGUGCCAUUGAAGGUAAUUAUAGAGACAGCAAAAUCCUUUAAUGCUGGGAAAAAUAAAAUGCUGGGUGUCUCAUAAGAUUUCAGAACCUGAUUUCAAACGAAUUAUAACAAAGAGGAGAUAAAAUUUAGCAUGGUGGACUAUUCGACAGGCUACAUUUGUCAAUGGAAUGUUUCCACAUAUUAUACCACCAACAUGAGAAAAAAAUGAUCAUUUUCUUUGAAGCUUGAUGAUAUUCCAAGGCUGCCUUUUCUCUUCUCAUUUUAGAGAAAAAUGAGCAGGCAGAUUUGUUGGCUCUGUAAGAUGGGCAGAGACGAAUCUAAGAGGCCCCCUUCAAAGCUUACUUUGGAGGAAGUGUUACAGUGGGCCCAGUCUUUUGAAAAUUUAAUGGCUACAAAAUAUGGUCCAGCCAUCUAUGCAGCAUAUUUAAAAAUGGAGCACAGUGAUGAGAAUAUUAAAUUCUGGAUGGCAUGUGAAACCUAUAAGAAAAUUGCCUCACGGUGGAGCAGAGUUUCUAUGGCAAAGAAACUUUAUAAGAUUUACAUCCAGCCACAGUCUCCUAGAGAGAUUAACAUUGACAGUUCGACAAGAGAGACUAUCAUCAGGAACAUUCAGGAACCCACUGAAACAUGUUUUGAAGAAGCUCAAAAAAUAGUCUAUAUGCAUAUGGAAAGGGAUUCCUAUCCCAGAUUUCUAAAGUCAGAAAUGUACCAAAAACUUUUGAAAACUAUGCAGUCCAACAACUGUUCCUGACUGUAACCCAAAACUUUAAACAGAAAACAGUAUAUUGAAAGUGGUGGGUUUGAUCUUUUAAUUUAAAAAAACACAAAACCAGGAACACAGUACUAAUAGAACAGAAAUCAAACUAUAAAUUGACUUUUAGUUCCUAAAAAGAAACAGAUGCCAAAAGCAAUGGAAUCUAGAAUUUUUAUAACAUGAGUAACAAAAUUUACAGCAUACCUAUGUAGUGCAAUUAAAAUAUAAUGAAAAGGAGAGUCCUUCUUCAUUACACAAACAUUAUGAAGUUUCUACUGUAGUAGUCAAUUAAUGGAUAUUUCCUUUAUUAAUAAAAUUCACUGUCAUACGAAUUUGUUCUAUAAAAACUGUCAUAUGAAUUGUGUUUCUAGCAUGAAGAUGUUCUAUAGAGUACUCUUAAUAACUUGAAUUUAUAGACAAAUGCUAUUCACAACACAAUCAAUUGUAUUAUACCAUGAGAAAUAUCAAAAAGAUAUGUUCUUGACAGACAUUUUAUCUAUAAAAAUUUUCUAUUUUGUUCAUAACCAAACUUCUUUAUCACAUGUAUCUUCUACAUGUAUAACAUUUCUGAUGAUUCUAAGCUCUUAAAAAAUAUAUGAAUUUCUUCGUUUGCGCUUAUAUUUACAUUGCUGUAAGGACAUAAAAUGUGGUUUCUAUAUUUUGAGAUUUUUUUUCCUUACAAUGUGAACUCAUUGUUGUAUUGGAAAUCAAUAAAGCCAAAUAUCAACUGAAGACUUACAUGAUUUUUUUCAAAGGCAAAACAAAUAUAUUUUCUACUACAAA